AUGUCUUUCGCUAAAAUUGCCGCCAUUAUUGCCGCCGCCGCCGCUAUUGCCAAGGCUGAUAGAGAAGCCGCCAUGAUUUCCAUGGAAGUCUACAUGAACGAUAUUGGUUCUCAUAUGAAAGACUACCUUUCUAUGGAAAAGGCUCACCCAGAACAAUCUAUUCCACCUGGUGUUUUGUCUGCUUACGCUGCUAAGUUAACUGACAAGACUGACUCUUACACCAGUUUCUUUGCUGACAUUGGUGAUGAACAAAUUCACUACAUGAUCACUGGUGUUCCAUGGUACUCUACCAGAUUAGCUCCAGCUAUCUCUCAAGCUUUAGAAGCUGCUGGUUUAGGUGAAGCUGCUCCAGCUACCUCUUCUCCAAGGCUGUUGAAACCACUUCUUCCAAGGCUGUUGAAACCACUUCUUCCAAGGCUGUUGAAACCUCUUCUUCCAAGGCUGCUGAAACCUCUUCUUCCAAGGCUGCUGAAACCUCUUCCUCCAAGGCUGCUGAAACCACUUCUUCCAAGACUGAAGAAUCUUCCAAGACCACUGAAGCCACUACCAAGGUUGAAUCUACUACUGCUACUCCAGAUGCUAAGACCACCCAAACUACUGUUGAUGCUAUCUCUCAAAUCACUGAUGGUCAAAUUCAAGCUACCGUUGAACAACAAACUGAAAACGGUGCUGUUAGAGCUGCUGCCGGUUUAG